AUGGCGACCGUUAUCAUUCAGCCCUCUGGCUACUCCCCUGAUCUCCGCCGAACGACCCCAACCCUCUCCCCAUCCCCCAUAUCCGGCACUUCGACCCUUCCCCGCGUACGGAAUGGAGUCAGCUGUGACGCUUGUCUCCGCAGAAAGAGCAGGUGCGCCAUGAACGAGAUGGUCAACAAAUGUUACUCCUGCGAUUUCCAUCGCCAGGAAUGUACCUUCACUCUCACCGGCGAGUCCAAGAAGAGGAAACUGUCAGACCAGCCGGAAGCUGUGAAACGACAAGCAACGGCACCUCAAUCGCAAUCACAACCUCAAGUACAACCGCAAUCACAACCGCAAUCACAACCACAGCCCGCCGAAAUCGAAUCCGCGCACCCACACGCUUUGAACAUGAUUCGCCCGGGCUUCUUCAACCAGUCCACACAGCAUAUUGGCAUGACCACGGAGUUAGAACCGACGCUCUUAGAAUAUCUCCCUCUCGACCAAUAUGACGAAUGCACGGUGUUUAACUCGCGUGUGCGGAAGUGCGCCGAUGAUGGGACCUUCAUGCGCGUGGUCGACACGCCUGUCAGUGACUCCCAGAGCAUAUCGGUCGAUGCCAUUGAGAGUCUGGUGGCUCCAUAUGGAGCAACAUUGAUCGAGAAGUUCUUUGAUCACGUGCACCCUUCGUUCCCCAUCAUGAUCGAGGAGGCUUUCCGACAAUCGUACCGAGAACGUCGUGGCCUAUCACCGCUACUGCUAGCCUCGGUCUAUGUUUUGACAUUGAAGUUCGUUGACGUGGGUGCGACAUCGCAGACAGCCCGCAAGCCCGAUGCCGCAAGGCUGGAAGCAACAGCGUUGAAACUGCUUAUGGAGUCUCUGCCCUCGCCCAGUGUGUCGACUAUUCAAGCUGGACUCUUGUUGACGCAGAAGUCGACCUUGGCUACGGCGUCUCUGAAUGGACAAUUAGUCACCGCUGGAUUUGAAGUCGGCCUCCAUCAGGAUUGCACCAACUGGCGUAUGGAGACGUGGGAGAAGGGUCUUCGCAAACGACUUGCCUGGGCUCUCUACCAGCAAGACAAGUGGUCAUCACUUGUGAACGGCCGGCCCUCGCAUAUCUUCGCGUUCAAUUGGACUGUGAAGGAUCUGGUGGAGCAGGACUUCUCAGAUGCUUUUGCGUCCGGCACAGACUCCUCCCAUGAUGAGGAAGCCGUCGGUCAUGGUCCUCUUCUAUUCUGCCACAUGGUGGCACUGACUACCAUCCUCUCCGACAUCCUUGAUAGAUUCUACACACUCCACGCCAUCGAAGAGUUCUCCGCGGCCGGAAACCAGCGCACACGCAUGAUUUUAGAAAAAGCCAAACCGGCACAGAUCCGCUUGAAAGACUGGUUCUCCUCUCUUCCACCAUCUUUAAAGAUGGAGACCUCAACCGGCGAACUGGUUGAAACCAUCACAGACGAACACGCUCGCAACGGUGCUCUUCACCUCGCCUACUUCGCCACCGAAAUCACCCUGCAUCGCUGCAUCGUCCGCUCCCUUCUCGCAGAGGGCACAGAUCAGUAUUUAGCACACAUCUGCCGCUCAGCUGCCAAAACACGUUUGAUUUCCGCGAUGGAUUUUGUCAACCGCCUCCGACCCGCCCAUCUGCGAUCCUUCUGGCCCGCAUCGGCACGCACCAACUUUUCCCUCAUCGGCUCCUUUGGAAUGCUCCUCCGCAUCACAGCACCCACCAACGAAGAAGCCGAAUUCUACCGCGUACGACUUUGCGAAUACCGCUGGACACUCGGCGUCAGCCACAAGAACGCUGCAUUCAUGGGCUUUGCAUUGCAGAGUCUCGACAAUGCAACUGCGUUGCACAAGCACGUUCCGGCGAAGCCCGGCAUCGAAGAACUGAUGGCGAAUUCCGCGAAGAAUGCUCCGCAGCGAAUGCCCACCACGACACACGCCUCAUACGACGACGCUAUGAUGGAAGCCGGUGGUACUUCCAGCUCGGUGAUCUCGGGCCUCGCGUCACCGGCUACUUCUGUCAGUGACAUGGAAGAUGAGGCUUCUAUGGCUCCUCUGUGA